AUGUCAACAUCACGACGACAGAGUCGAGACGUGAUCCAGAUGGACUCGUUCCACUCCUCGCCCGCAUCCUCUAUCCGCAAGGGCAGCAACCUCCGCAACCUCAGUGCCGACGGUAGCGAUGACUCUACAACAUACAGCCGACAGGAGCCACUAGGAGGGGGGAGCAAGUACCUCCAUGACGAUUCGGAUCUGAGCAACGAAACUGAUGGCCAGGUCGGCAAGGGCUUGCAAAGGAACCUUGAAGCUCGACACUUGACCAUGAUCUCUCUCGGAGGAACGAUUGGUACAGGACUGUUCUUGGCGUCAGGAUCGUCGAUCGCAACCGCAGGACCAGGCUUUUCCCAGGUGGCCUACUCCUUGAUCGGAUCGAUGGUCUAUUGUUUUAUGAGCUCCUUGGGAGAGAUGACAACUUAUCUGCCUAUCACUGGAUCGAUUAAUGCUUAUGGGACCCGGUUCUUUGAUCCUGCCCUUGGAUUCAUGCUCGGAUGGGUGUACUGGUUCUCGUGGUCGGUGACGCUGGCGACAGAGUUGGUGGCUUCAUCUCUAAUCAUCUCAUACUGGGUACCCGCAACACAAUGCCCAGGCUGGGUCUGGGCACUCGUCUUUAUCAUCGUUCUCACAUCGCUCAACCUCACCUCUGUCAAGGCAUACGGCGAGACCGAGUACUGGCUCAGUUUGAUCAAGGUCCUUGCCGUUUUUGUCUUCGUCAUUGUCGGGUUUCUCUACAUCGGAGGUGCCAUUGGAACACAUAUCCCUGGAGAGCCCAAGCCUGGACGCGAGAUUUUCGACAUCGAUCCUUUCCAUGGUGGAUUUGUAGCGCUGUUUUCGAUCUUUUUGAACGCCGGAUUUUCGUUCCAGGGAGCCGAGUUGGUUGGUAUUGCGGCGGGCGAGACCAAGAACCCGAGGAAGAAUGUUCCCAGGGCGAUCCGACAGGUGUUCUGGCGGAUUUUGAUGUUUUAUGUCUUGACGAUCUUGAUCAUUGGAAUGACGAUUCCCUAUGACGACCCGCUGCUGGCCAACCAGGAUGGAUCGAUCGAGUCGUCGCCUUUUACGAGAGUCUUUUUGCGCGCGGGAAUUUCAAUCGGAGGAGAUAUUAUGAACGCUGUCAUCUUAGUCGCCGUCCUGUCCGCUGGUAACUCUGGACUCUACGCCUCCUCUCGUGCACUCCACACCUUGUCACAGGAGGGCAACGCGCCAAAGUUCUUUGGAUACGUCAACCGGUACGGUGUCCCCGUCUAUUGUGUCAUGGCCACAGCCCUCGUCGGAUGUCUGGCCUUUAUCGUGUCACUCCCUCAGAUCGGUCAAGGUCAAGCCUACGAUUGGUUGCUGGCCCUGGCAUCCACCACCGGAUUCGUCGCUUGGUUGGGUAUUGCCUUCUCCCACAUCCGCUUCCGAAUGGCCUACAAGGCCCAAGGCCGAUCCCUCGACGACCUGCCAUUCGUCUCGAAGCUCUACCCCUUCGGCCCUAUCUACACGAUCGUGAUCUGUUUGGUCAUCCUCCUUGGCCAGGGGUACACAGCCUUUGCGCCAUUCAGUAUCAAGAUGUUCUUGUCAGCCUAUGUGACCCUCCCCUUUAUUGCGAUCUUGUAUUUCGGGAACAAGUUCUGGUGCAAGACCAAGAUUCUGAAGUUGGUCGAUGUGGAUCUGGAUACGGGACGGAGCUUUGUGGAGUAUGAUGAUGAGGAGGAGGCGGAGGGUAAGCUGAGCUGGUGGAGGCGGUUUGUCAACUUCUUGUGCUAG